AUGGUAUGGUAUUUAUUUCUCUCCAGGUCAUCAGCUGUCGUGUUGUCACUCUUAGUGGUGACACACGCCCAUGUGUUACGCGAGAAGCGUCAAUUGUCUUUAAAUGGUCAACCAAAGAACAAUCCAAAUGAACAGUUCCAGACCUCAGAAACCCCUCAGAGAUCCAAAUAUCAGCUUCCUUUGCCCCCUCAACCUAAACCCCAGGUAAAUGUGCAGUUGCCACCUGGAGUUUCGUAUAACAUACAGACUAACGUCCAGGCCACUCCUCUUCACUCUCUGAAACAACAGUAUGAACCAUCAUUCCAAACAACUGCCCAACAAGAGAGAAAUCACCCACAGUAUCAACCCCCAAUUCUUCCACAGCAGUUUAAUGCCCAACCUCAGUUUAGUUUCCAUCCACAAUCACAGCAACAUCAAAAUUUACAACAAAACCCCCUAGGUCAUACAUUUCAGCCGCCCAAUCCACAGCAGGGUGGAAACCAACAGGUGAUUUACAUUAAUGGUCAGCCAGUAGUCAUCAAUGCCCCUAAAGACCGAGGCCCAGUAACACCUACAAGUCAGCAGCAAUCGGGCUCACAAGGUGUUUCUUUUUCAACUUCUCACUCCACUGAAGUGAUCCGUCAGGGUAAGAUAGGAUCUGCGCAGCCAUCUGUGCAAUCUGUGAUCCAGAAAGCACCAGCCUCUGAGAUCGAAUUCAACAAAGGACCAACCGUUAAAGAUAAAGACGGUAAGCAGGACGAGUACGUAAUUUACUAUUACUACUAUUAUGAUGACGAUGCCAAUAAAACUAACCCAACACUCAACUUUGAUGACAUUCCAAAUCUUGAAACGUAUGACCAGUCCCAAAGAGACAAAGCACAAAAAAGCAGUGAAAGAGCUAGUAUCCCACAAAACGUGAUAAAUAACGCCUUCAAGGACAAUAACGAUUUUUCGGGUUCCCAGACAGUUUCCCAAAUCUCUGGUCAAGACGGAGUAUCGACUGAAGUUCUCAAAUCCGGCGCAGUCUCUUCAGUAUCAGUGUCUGUACCCAAGGACUCUCCCAUUUCCAACAUUUACCGCUAUGGAAACAAUGUUCCCAGAUUCCCUAUAUCACCAAAUUUAGUAGACCAUCAGAAUGGUGGUCACUCAGAAAUAUCCAAUAAGGGAAUACUUAAUGAUCGCAAAUCUGACUCAAAAACAUUAGUUAAUAGUUCUGGUGGGUCAGAAAGCACUCCUUUGUCAACGUCGGCUCUCUUUGUAAAUAAAGAAUCAAGCCAGGAGAAAAAAUUUGAACAUAAUAAUGAAGUAAUCGAAGCUAAAACUGAAUCAGAAACCACAGAGGCAAUUACCACUACAACUGAAGCUACAACUACUACCGAAGAACCCACAACCACUACAGAAAGAAAUCAAAGACGUACAUUUGGUUCUCGAGGAAGAUUCGGGACAAGAAGACGAAGACCAGGAGCAUUUAAUAUACGUCCUAGGAGGCCUAAGUCAACGACGACAACAACAAUCUCUGAGUCCACUACAGAUGAAGAAACCUCAACAAGAGGAUUUCAGCCCCGCACUAGAGGUAGACAAAGGAAUCGUUUUCGAUCUUCUUUCCGAAGAAAUCGUUUUCGUAAUUCCAAUGUUGAUAAAGAAGAAACAGGGGAUGAGAAAAAGGAAAUUACAACUACUGAAUCAUCUACUUAUGGCACAACAAGACGACGUUUUGGAAGUUCCAGGCUUUAUGGAAAUAGCAGAAACUCGGGUCGACCUUCUUCAGAGGACAAUGAAGAACUCUCAACAUCUAAACCCACUCGUACUCCAUCAAGUUUCUUGAGUCGUAGGCGGAAACUAAGCAGACCUCGUCUAUCAUUCUUGCGCGGUGGUCGAAAUAGAUUUGGACAUCAUAAUGAGGAAAAAGAAGAAGAAGAAGAACAAGAAGAAGAAAAAACUACCAGUACCUCCACGCCAGUCACAGAUGCUCCAGAGACUACUGUUGUGACCUCAGCACCCACAGAAGCCCCUGAAGAAAAAGAAGACGAGGAACCAGUGGAUGUAGUCGAUCAAGAAACUACCACAACUGAAAGCAGUCGUUUUGCUGGACUUUUUAGGCGAAGGAAGAGACCAUCUAUAUUUGGAAACCGUCCAAGCUUCUUGAAUAGAUCGGGUUGAGAAAACGAUGAAGAAAAGAAAGAUUGGAGUUGACAUAUAUUAAUAUGUGUCAAACUAUUGUGCCUUCUCUCUUUUGUGCAUUUAAAGAUUAAUUUAAUAUUGAAAUGAUGAUCAAAUUCCAACUUAAAGCAUUAAAAAGUUAUUUCAAAUAUCAUACAACAACAAAAUGUUAUUAAUUGUUUUUGUCUAUUCGUGCUCUCGAUUUACUCAUUUCCUUUAAGCCUCAAGUAUCAAUAAAACUAGCACAAAAUCAUAGAUUUGAAUUUAUUUUUUGUACGAUAUAAAAAGAGCAAAAAUAAUUUCAAAUUUAAAAACUUUUCCUUUAGUAAUGCUUAUUUUAUAAAUUUAGGUAGAAAUUUUUGGCAUUUCAUAUGUAUUAUAAAGAAGAAUUAACCUUACAUUUUGUUAAGCUUGGUAUUUAAAUGAAGUAAGCUGAAUAUCCAAAUUGGAAACGUUACAAUAGCUAGCGGCUGUAAUGUUGUUGUUUCAGAUCGACGAUUGUGUAUGUUUGUUAGUUCAUAUUAACUCACGUGUUCCCUAACUUCUCGGGAGUUUUUAUUGAUAAAACGUGCUUUCGUUUUACUCAGUGGAUAAAAGAUAAUGAUCACAAUACAAUUUUAUCAAAACACUGAGCUAAAUCUCUGAAACAGUAACUAAAGUUCCAGUCAGUCUUAAACUUUAUAGAAUAAGCAUGGCACCCUAAACCUAGGAAGCACCUCCAGUGAUCCUAGUGUAAGUUUCAAUGUUACUAUAGUGACGAAAGUUUGGUACGGUAAGUCUUGUUGUCAAGGUGAGUAAAAGUUUCGGUGUUACUAUAGUGACGAAAGUUUGGUACGGUAAGUCUUGUUGUCAAGGUGAGUAAAAGUUUCGGUAUUACUAUAGUGACGAAAGUUUGGUACGGUACGUCUUGUUGUCAAGGUGAGUAAAAGUUUCAAUGUUACUUUAGUGUUAUGUUGUGACUUGUUGUCAGGGUGAAUAAAAAUGUACAAAAUAUUCGCUAGAGCUUUGGAGUUUAAUGGUUUAACUUGAAUACAUUGAGAAGAUAUAUGACAAAAUCAAAAACACACAAUUGGACUAGCGACAGAUUCACAUAACGUCCCUUUGUAAUGGCGAAUAUUACACAGUUAGAUCGUCUUAAUAUAAAAGAUAACAGUUCAACUAUAUUAGUAAAAUAAAUCUUGAAUAAUUAGAGCUUUUCAGCAGUUUUAUUCUUAGUGUUAUUCUGUGCUGUAAGGAAUUUUGGAUCUCGUAAAAACUAAAUUGUAAACAUUUUAUUGUUAUAAAAUGUUUAACAUUUUAUAGAUGUGUGGAGAGGGGGAAUAUUUAAUACGAAACUUACCAAAACAUGCAAUACAAAACUCACCAAUACGUGUAACACGAAACUCAUCAUGUCAUAUAACACAAGACUCAUCAAACUAAGCUUACCAAAACAUGCAAUACAAAACUCAACAAAGAAUGUAACACAAAACUCACCAAGACAUAUAAAAUUAAACUUAUCAAAAUAUUAAAUACGAAACUCACCAAAUCACGUAACACAAAACUCACAAAAUCAUGCAACACAGAGCUCACGAACUCGUGUUAUUUAAAACUCACCAAGUACGUAGUACGAAAUUUACCAAGAGAUGGAAUACAAACACACACACGCCAAGGUUUACUUUCAAAUAUCUGUGAAUGUGCUUCUAUGUAUUACCAGUUCACUCAAGAACUCAUGUAACACAAAAACUGUCUCCAGUUAUCUAGUAAAAAAUUUAAGUUUUAAAACGGGCACAGAUGUUAGAUUAUAACACCAGUCUAACACGAAUAAGUAAGUAUAUAACCCUAAAA